UUGUUUGUAGUUUCGUUUUUGUUUCAGGCUCAGCUGUUGGUGGUGAGUCGGGACUCGGUCAGUUUUCAUUCCCACCGUGUCCUCCUGGAACACCGCAGACAUGUACGAGCUGGAGAAGGAGAAUCUGCUGCGCUUGAGCUCUUACAUCACGGCCAUUAUACGACCGUCACUAAUAAAAACCUUCAUGACGACAUACCUGAAGAAAGAAACAGUGGAGCGGAUUAUGUCCACCGAGCAGAGCUCUCCGUCUGCAGCCGCUCAGAUGCUGCUGGACUGCAUGUGUGAUCUGGAGGAGGACGGCUGGUUUCAGGCCUUUCUGGACUUCCUACUCACUGCUGAGUACUCCGGCCUGCACGAUGCCAUUAAAAACUGGAACUUCCUCGAGUACGAGGAGCUGCAUGAACACCGGAAGCUUCUGGAGAGAAUCGAACCCUCAAUCACCAAACACUUGAAGCCCAGAGAGCUGCUCAUGCACAUGAACUGCUGCCUGAACCAGAGGGAGUCUGAGGAGAUUCAAGCGGUGGAAGCGCAGCGUGGACCGAUCACCGCCAGUGAGAAGCUUGUGGACUGUCUCCUGCGCUCAGAUAAAUCAAACUGGUUUAAGGUGCUGAAGAUGGCUCUGGACACCUGCGAAUUAUAUGAGGCUCUCGACCUGCUGGAGACAAAUGGAGCAGGAAAGUCAGUGCAGGACUCAGACUGCAUGAUGGCUGAAUCCUCCACCGUGUGCUUUGAGUACCGAGAGGAGAUGGAGACAGAAAACAUGUCGGCGCCGGAGAGCUGCAGCCACAUGAGCAUCACUGAGACACCUGCUGGAGUUACAGGUGACUCUGGGCGUUCAGGUGAGCGUAAGCUGAGGGAAUAUCAGAGAGAGCUGAUGACUGCAGCCGUCAACGGACAGAACACCAUCAUCUGCGCUCCUACACAGAUUGUGGGCCUGACAGCAUCGGUUGGCAUCGGUUCCUUCAAAAACCAGAUGGAGGCGGAGAACAAUGUUACACAGCUGUGUGCAAACAUGGACACCAGAGUCAUUACCACUGUUAGCAAACACCUGGACGAGCUCAGGUCAUACGUGCACACGCCUGAGAAAGAAUUUUUCCAUGUGUUUCAGUCGCCGUCAGAUCCCUUCAUCAGAAUCAUCCAGAACAUCAUGAGUAACAUUGAGCAGAUGGCAAAGAAAACCUACAACAUCGAGAGUCUGUCGAACAUAUCGAAUCGUGAGUACGGCUCUCAGAAGUACGAGCAGUGGAUCGUGUCGGUGCAGAAGAGCUGCAGAGUUUUGCAGAUGCAGAACGCAGACGAGGAGCGACGCAUCUGCAGAGAGCUCUGCAACUACACUGAACACCUGCGG